UUUUUUCUUUCAAAACAUGAGCCAACAACAACAGCCACAAUCACAGCAGCAGCAGCACUCAGCCAUGUCUAUUGAUCAACUUGUGAAUACACCGGAUGAUAUGGACCCUGAUGUUAAAAUGGCGGUUGAAGCACUAGGAGAUAUGGCAAGAUCCAAGGUUCAUAUGACUCUACCUCCUCUAUCAACGCCCUCGACUACACCUAGUUCUCCUUUACCCACACCAACCUCUUCAUCCAUUCAACGUCUAUCUUUCUCUUCCUCAACAUUAGAUGAACCACAACAGAGUCGAUUUAUUUAUCGUGUAUCCAAUAUUCCCAUUGUUAAUUCAGCUAUCAGGGUCUAUGAACAUUCAAAGAAUUCUAGUUCAGUUGUAAAGUAUGGUGCUGAAAUGGUCGAGUCAUUUGCUGGCCCUAUUUAUGACAAGUUAGGUAAACCAGUUCUGUCGAACGUAGAUGAGUGGGGAUGUAAACAGCUUGAUAAAUUGGAAGAAAAGUACCCCUAUUUGUCUAAAAGUAAAGAGACAGACGAGGAUGAACAAGACGAAGAUGACGCCAAUUCUACUGUUAGCGCAUUAGCUCGUACUUCUCUAUUAGACGAUCAUGAAUCAACUGCAUCAGGAUUAAGAAAACGAAGAGAUUCCAAAGAAGAAUUCACAUUAAAAAAUACAAACCGAUCAAGAACUUCGUCUCGAUCAACUUCUCCUCAUAAGCCCUAUCCAAAACCAAAUGCUCGUCACCGUCCUAUUGCUCCUCGUAGUAAAUGGCAUCAAAUCGUUUUGCAUGCCUCCUCUGCUGCAGGAACAACGGCAGCUGUGAUCAGUGAAGAGAGUAUGAAAUGCCUCAGAUACUGUUUAAGCUGGCUUCAGUACGCUUCACAACAUAUCGAGCAACAAAUGAAUUUGAUUCGCAAAUAUUUGGUUUCAAUAGCAAAAUCAUCACAAGAUAAAGCCGUCGUUGUAGCUCAAGAAUCUCCUUUACCCAGAAUCAAGAAAGAAAUUGUAGAUACACUUCGUAAAGUAGUCGAUGUCAUUUCAAAAUAUGCUGGCACAGGUUUACCAGAGCAAGCCAAAGCUGCCGUCCGAAGCUUCAUCUUGGCUCUUCCUUCUCGAUGGGCCAUGCUCAAUUCAAAGGCAGCAUCACCUGUAGCAUCACCUGCACUUAAGCCAAGUGACGUAGGUCUUCACGAAACGUCUAUCAAAUUACUUAACUUUAGUGGCGAAUCACUCGAGAUGAUCCAAUCUGUAGCUCACGUCUUUUCAGAUACCAUCGAGCGUGCUGAGCUUUGGUUAAAUCGACUCGCUGUUGUUUCAGGUUCUUCUCAACAAGCUAAACCUGCUGUUGAACAAAUGGACUUGAACUAAUCCUUUUCUUUUUUCUUUUUUCUUUCCUUCAUAAUUUCUUUUGUUUGAAACAAAAUGCGUGCAUCUUGGAUACCUUUCUCUCUUUUUUUUGGCAUUUCUUUCUUUUGUAUACAAAAUAAAGACUAUAUUUCGAAUUGUAUAUAAAUAAUCAAAGUUGUGUAGCUUAUGAUUUGGUAUUCGUAUUCUAAUGUUGUAGGUUUAGGUCAUGUUAUUCUGCAUUGAUUCGUGUUUAUCUGUCAACCUGAAAAUAUG